GGCUCAGUUUUUAUGGUUGGAAUGGCUUCCGCGAAGUUCUCAAAACCACUUCUCUUCCAAUCAAAACUCUUAUGUUUCUCUGUUUUCUAUCUCUUCACCUCUCUGUUUUUAGCUCUUUAUUCAACACUCUCUUCAACAAAAUGCACUUUUCGAUCAUCUCCUUAUGAUCCAAUUCAAUCCCCUCUCUUCACUUAUCCUCCUUCUUAUGGACACCACAAGCAUGCUCUCCCCACUCUUCACUCUUCCUGCAAUUCCCCUGUUUUCUUCUCGGAUUAUUGGAUGGUUUGGAAAGAAAUUCAAGAAUUUUCGAGGAACUCGACCACACUGGGAUCAAGGGUUAUUAGGUAUUUGAAGGAUAGUGCUGAUAGUUUUGGUGGGAAUUUUACGACAAAGAAGAGAUUUUCUUAUUAUGAUCAUGAAGAUGAUGAUGAGAUUCCAUGUGGAUUCCUUACGAGAUUUCCAGUCAGUAAUUCUGAUUGGAAUGCCAUGCAAAGGUGUGAUGGAGUGGUGGUCGUUUCUGCUAUUUUCAAUGAUCAUGACAAAAUCCGGCAGCCUAGAGGACUCGGAUCAAAAACACUUGACAGUGUUUGUUUCGUCAUGUUUAUAGACGACGUAACGUUUGAUGGACUACAUUAUCACAAAAUGGUGUCAAGAGAUUCAAAGCAACAUAAGAUUGGGGCAUGGAGAAUAGUUAAAGUCUCCAGUGAACUUCUCUACCAAAAUGCAGCUAUGAAUGGGGUGAUACCUAAGUACUUAGUUCACAGACUUUUCCCAAACUCAAAAUAUAGCAUUUGGGUGGAUGCAAAAAUGCAGCUUGUAGUUGAUCCAUUAUUGUUGAUUCAUUCACUGAUAAUAAAAGCAGACGCGGACAUUGCUAUGUCGAAGCAUCCGUUUUUUGUUCAUACAAUGGAGGAAGCUAUGGCGACGGCUAGGUGGAAGAAAUGGGGGAAUGUAGAGGCCUUGAGAUCGCAAAUAGAGACGUAUUGUGAGCAUGGAUUGGAACCAUGGUCUUCAAACAAAUUACCUUACCCUUCAGAUGUACCGGAUAGUGCAUUGAUCUUAAGGAGACAUGGAGUUUCUAGCAACCUAUUUUCAUGCCUAAUAUUUAAUGAGUUAGAGGCAUUUAAUCCCAGAGAUCAACUUCCUUUUGCUUAUGUGAGGGAUUUUAUGAAGCCAAAGUUGAAGCUGAAUAUGUUUGAUGUUGAAGUCUUUGAACAGGUGGCAUCUGAGUACAGGCACAACCUUAAUAAUGGUAAAGUUGGUGGUAGGUCCAUUGUUCAAAUGAACAAAGAUACAACUAUUUCUAACUUGUUCAGUAAUGGUAGCUAUAACCAGUGCCAGAGAUAUCUUUUAAGGAUGUGGGGUGAAUCCCAUGAUUAAUUUUUCUUU